UGCGAUGAGAAUGAAUCCUUUGUAUGUGUUAUUGCCUUUAACUGUGACCAGUUCUUUCGCUUUCAUGCUGCCUGUUGGAACACCCCCUAAUGCAAUUGUAUUUGCAAGCAGUAAUAUGAAAAUCAUGGAUAUGGUUAAACCAGGUAUUUGGAUGAACAUCGCGUGCUUGGCUGUUCAAAUGCUCAUGAUAAAUUCUUUGGGAGCUGUUAUAUUUGAUGUCCACAAUUUUCCAAGCUGGGCCAAUAAUACUGUUCUACCUGUUACUAUAAUGUCAUCUAACGAAACAUUACUUAAUAGCACUGCAAAAUUUUAAUUCUUUGAUAACAGUAAAACUUUGCCGUCUUUUAAUCUGUUUUGCAGUCAUUCAAUGUCCUU